UAUUAGCAGUCUACAGCAUAAAUGUCAGUGAUCAGGCUCCGGUUUAUCGUCCUAGCAACUCUAAUUCUAGGUUCUAGUGUAGCGUUCAGUGCGCAUACCGAUUGUACUACUGCAGUGUUCAUAUUCUCGUGUGAUAACGUCCAAUUAUAAAGACAAAUAUGUCUUCCCUAGACAUUUUACCGAAAGAACUAUUGGAAAUAAUUUUCAAUUUAUGUGAUGUAUAUACUGUACUACAACUCAGAAGAGUAUGCAAAAAAUUUGAUAUAAUAUCAAGCUACGUCUUAAAUAAAAAAAGUAACCGUUUGCUUGUUACGAAUCAGAUGUCAGAAAAAUUUCGUGAACGAUGUAAAUCUUUAUUAUCUUCGUAUAAUUCUAAAUUCAUUACGCAUUACAACUGGAAAUGUGGAAUAGCUCAUAGAGAUACCAUUUAUAACGCAGGUUCCAGAGAAACUACGAGAGACAUGAGAAUAAACAAAAAAUGCCUAAAAAUGACUAAAAAUACAAUUUUGUUUUAUGACAAUGAUGUUCUUUCAGUUUGUAAUCGUGCAAAGAACGGUAACAUUACGGAAAACAUAAUGCGUAGAACCUGCAGCUGUCAAUUUUCAAGCUUUGCUUAUUGCAAUGAUAUAAUUAUAAGCGGCCACGUAGAUGGUAGUAUUAGGCAUUGGAAAAUUGAAUCACGGAAUAACAUUAAUAAUCUUCAACAAUUAAAAGCACAUUCCAAUGUAUAUGGUGAAUACGUUUCGAACAUAGAAGUAACAACGCAACAUAUUAUAUCAAGUUCUUCAAAUUUAAUAAAGAUACAGAAAAAUACAUUUGAAGAUGAUGAUUCUGCGGAAGAAAACGAACCAAUUUAUAAAAGCAAGAAAUUGAUUCAGUCAAUUUCAUUACACCCUACAAAAACAAAAGUUGCUGCUAGUACCGAAGAAUCGUUUCUAAUUUAUGAUAUUAAUGCAAAGUAUUUUAGUUGUCUGGUAAUGGAUGAACGUAUAAAUGAUAAUACUUGUUCACAACUACUUUGGGAAGAUCCUCACACUAUUCUCAUGCUGUAUGAACGUCAGAUUCAAAAAAUGGAUACAAGAACACUCAAAUUAGUACGUACAUGGGAUGCUUUUGUCUUAAAUAAUAAUCCUAAUUUACAUAGUUUCUCUUCAGAUUAUUUGUAUACUAUUAUGACAGGGACUAAUAUUGGUUCAGUACUUCUAUGGGAUCAAAGAUUCAAUAAUUGCAUUCAGACGUAUCAAAUAUCUUUUUUAAUCUUUUCCGUUCCAACCCUAUCCUUUCUGUGCAAUUUGAUAGCACCCAUAUGUAUGCUACUACAGAACUACGAGAUGUGAUUCAACUUAAUUUUAGGGAUCGAGUCACUUUUAACAGCGCUCAAAGGAAAGAGUAUUUUAGCAAUUUUAUUUAAAUAAAAAAACUUGAUUAACAAUUUUUCUACUACUAUGCUUUGAUUGUUUACAUA